AUGGCCUCCAAAGGACUCGCAAUCAUUGCUGGAGUUGGUCCCGGCACGGGAGCCUCGAUUGCUCGGCGUUUUGGCAAGGUCUAUUCAGUAGUCCUCCUAUCGCGCAACCCGAGCAACUUUGAGCCACUUGUCCAAGAGAUCAACGAAAGCGGCGGCCAUGCUCUGGGUAUCAGCACAGAUGUUUCCGACGCGAAAAGCGUCAAUUCGGCAUUUGACGAGAUUGCAAAGAAAUUCCCAGACUAUCCGGUGGCUGCUUCGAUCUUCAACCCGGCUGGAGGCUUCGUGAGAAAGCCUUUCCUUGAACUCACAGAGGAGGAAUACUCAUCUGCGAUCGAUUCCCAAGCAAAAGGUGCAUUCUAUUUUGCACAGCGCGCUUUACCUCUUCUCUUGAAAGCCAAGGACUCUGUUGCCUACCCCCCAACCCUCAUCUUCACAGGCGCCACGGCCAGUGUAAAGGGCUCAGCCAAUUUCGCCGCCUUUGCCAGCGGCAAGUUCGCUCUACGUGCCCUGGCUCAGUCUCUGGCUCGUGAAUUCGGUCCUCAAGGCGUACAUGUCUCACAUACAAUCAUCGAUGGGGUCAUCGAUAUCCCCCGAACAAAGCAGUGGGUUGUGCCUGGUGAAGACUCGAAGUUGAGUCCCGACGCGAUUGCGGACUCGUACUGGUAUCUGCAUACUCAGCCGCGGACUACGUUUGCGUUUGAGUUGGAUCUCCGACCUUAUCUCGAAAAGUGGUAG